UCUAUUUGUUACUAUAAUUUUUUGUAUAUAAAAACUUAAUGUAUGUUACUAACUUAAGAAAUAUAUGUUUGUAGAAGCACAAAAUUAUAAUGAUAGAGCAAUUCAUUAAGAAAUGAAGAUUGUUUAUAUUAAUGCACUUGAUAGUGUUUUAUAUAGUCAAUGAUAUCGUUGUGCAGGUGGGAUCAUUAGACGGAAGAGCCGCGAUAGAACUCGAAAACGCGAUUCUGCUAAAUCCUUCUUUAUUUCCUAAAAAAGAUGCAUCCUUUGAAGAAGAUUCACCAAUUGAUCAUGAGUGUGGAAAUUUUUCACAAAAUGUAAUAAGAAGUAAAGUGCUUAGCAGCAUUAAAGUUGUAGUCUUUUCAACCAAGAUAAACUUGCUUAUGCCUUUUGGUCCUAUGGCGAUUUUGGUAGAUAGAUUGUUUCAUAGUCAUGGUUGGGUUUUUGUUUUCAGCAUAUUAGGUAUUAUACCCUUGGCAGAGCGUUUGGGCUAUACAACCGAGCAGCUAGCCCUCUUUACUGGACCGGCAGUUGGUGGUCUUUUAUAUGCCACAUUUGGAAAUGCGACGGAGUUGAUUAUAUCAAUUCACGCUCUCAAAAGCGGUUAUAUUCGUCUUGUUCAACAAUCGCUACUAGGCUCAAUUCUGUCUAACCUGUUGCUGGUACUUGGAUGUGCAUUAUUUGCUGGUGGAUUAGUAUUUCAUAAGAAAGAACAAGUAUUUAACCAUGCAGAUACUAGUGUGGAUUUCGGAUUGUUAUUGAUGGCCGUGAUGGGACUGUUAUUUCCCGCAGUUCUCCAUGCUACACAAACAGAACUAGAAUAUGGAAAGUCUCAGUUAUCUCUUUCAAGAUUUACUAGUUGCAUUAUGCUUGUGGCAUAUGCUUCAUAUAUAGUAUUUCAAUUGAAGAGUCAGAAGAAUUUGGAACUGGACAAGAGUUUCGACGAAGAUACUUCAAAUGAUGCUGAAGCUCCUGAGAUUUCAAUGUGGGAAUCAAUGAUAUGGACUUCAAUCCUAACAGGAGGUAUAUCUAUAUUGUCAGAAUACUUGGUUAAAACCAUAGAGGGGGCAUCAAAAGAGUUUCAAAUGCCUGUGUCAUUUCUUAGUGUUAUUCUUCUUCCAGUAGUAGGUAAUGCUGCAGAACAUGUUGGAUCUGUUAUGUUUGCUGUCAAAGACAAACUUGACAUGUCGCUGGCCGUGGCUGUAGGAUCUUCAAUACAAAUAUCUAUGUUUGCAAUUCCAUUUUGCGUCGUCAUUGGAUGGAUGAUUGGGUGCCCUAUGGACUUAAAUUUCCAGCCUUUUGAAACAAUUUCUCUUUUCAUGUCAGUUAUCAUAGUUGCCUUCAUGCUGCAAAAUGGAGCUUCGAACUACUUCAAAGGAAUAGUGCUCAUUCUUUGCUAUUUGAUAGUUUCUGCAGGUUUUUUUGAACAUAUUGAUCCUAUGUCAGUUGAAGAUAAUCCCUCAACUGCUGGUCAGUAACAGUUAGUGACAUUAAAGAACCCUCAAGUCCAAUGGCUAAAGUGGGGAAUAUGAUCUGUAUAUCUAUCAGACGAAAUGAUAUCGCAAAAAUUAAGAAGCUCUUGUAUAUUUUUACAACUUACUCAUUUUAAAUAAGUACCACUUCCAACACUGGAAAUCAAUAUUCA